AUGCGCCUCAUCGACACCCGCACGGGCUUGUUCGUUUGGGUCAACAGCCCGAGCGACGUUCAAUACGCAAUUCUCUCCCACGUCUGGGUCCCCAACGAAGAGCUCUCUUACGAAGGUCUACUCGCGAUCCACUCCGCAGCGCGCGAUCACCCUGAUCCUCCGCGGUACAUCUUCGACACGGUCCCCGCGAAAGUCAGGGAGCUUUGCACCUUCGCUCAGCGCCAUGGAAUCCCCUACGCGUGGAUCGACACAUGCUGCAUCGACAAGGGCAGCAGCGCGGAGCUCUCCGAGGCGAUCAACUCCAUGUACAAAUGGUACCAGAUGGCAAGCAUUUGCAUCGCUUAUCUCGCAGACGUCGAGGACCCGCACCCGUGGUUCAAACGGGGCUGGACACUGCAGGAGCUCAUUGCUCCC